AUGGAGAAUGGCAGUGUGGAGCGAUCGAGCUCGUGGAGACGGGCGAUCGACUCCCUGCGGAAUGUGGCAUCUCAACGGUCGCAGUGCUGGCGCCCGAAGACAUUGCAGCCGCAGGUCCUCGGGGCCAUUGCUUGCCUUAUGCUAGCGAUGCUAGGCGUCUUGGAAGGCCUGCGACAGUACAGCGAGUGGCACGGAGGGCUUGUGUUCUUUUCUAGUGUCGAGGAAAUCACCCCACUGCAGAAAUUCGCCUAUACUUACGUACCGACUAUCGUCGCGGUGCUUCUGAUUCAGGUAUGGAGCGUGGUGGAUUUCGACGUGCUACGCCUGGAGCCGUAUUAUCAACUGUCUCGACCCGAGGGAGCGCCCGCGAAUAUUCUCUUUCUGAACUAUAAUUUUGGCCAGAAGACCUUGGCGCCAUUCCGCGCUGCAAAACAUGGCCAUUGGACUGUGUUCUGGAUUUCCCUGGUGACCUUUGCGAUACGUAUGGGCCUACUGCCACUGCAAACUAUGGUUUUUGGCCUUCACUACGUGCCGAACUUGGAAUACGAGGAGUUGGAGACUUGGCCUACCUUGAUUGAUCUGGAGUCUCAGAGAGAAUACAUCUUGACCCAGGGCAAUGGGAUGGCUGCUUUCACGUCUGAUAGCAGGCUCCCCCUUUCGAUGUCGCCUGAUUUCGGCGUUCCGUGGGUGCCAAUUCCUUUCAGGCGCGAAGGCGACACCACUCCUUGGAAAAUGAAUCACACUGUCUAUUGGUCCGAGCAUGUAUGCCGGAACAUACCGCUGGAUGAGAAUAUCUCCCCAUCGAUGGAGAUACGUGACCUCCCGGGAGGUGCUCGAGCUGUUCGCUGGGCCAGAUCGGGCAUCGACUUGAAUGGCGAGGUGGGAGAUGGGAAACUCCAUAUUCCUAACUGUACACUUGGAUUGCAGUACGAAACUGUGAUCACCCGGGACACCGAGUACUUCCAAACACGUGCAUGGGAGACCUCUUACGUUGACGGGCAGAUCUUUAAGGCCAGCUCGGGCUGUAAACAGCCCGACUUAUAUGCCCUACUCCUGAAUGUGAACAUGUCUGAUCUCUCAGUCUCGUCUGGCGGGCAUUCUCCGUCUGCAUCUGUCUUUGCAUGUGAUGUAUCAUACCACAUGGGAGAGGCAAAUAUACAGAUAUACCCUCGAAACAAUUCCCUCGUCAUUGAUCAUAUCUAUCAAGAGAGGUCACAUGUCAUGACCGAGCUGGAAUUCAACAUCAAAGCCUUCCAGGAUCUUCUCACAAGCUUAUCAACUUAUUUGAGCGACACGCUACAUCUUCACAAAGGUGGCAGCCGUAGCCGCACAAAACCCCUUUCCAGAAAUGGGACCGUGCCCCAGAUUUCACCUCCUCUUCUUCAAAACGCCAUGGAUCUGAUCUCAGAGGAAGAAUUUGAAUAUAAAAUUACGCGCGCGAUUAACAGUACGUUCCUCCUGAGUAUUGAACAGCUAUUCGACAAUUGGCUGGACCCGACUUAUGUCACUGCCAGCCGACCAUCUGAAAGAAUAGCUCUGACUGUCGUCCCUUUCGCUGCUAUGUGGUCAGAACUCUUUCUCGGCGCCGCAGCUGUGGCAGCAUUGCUCUUGAUCGUUUUGUAUCAAAGACGAGAGUCAUUCCUGCGAUGCGAUCCCGAUUCGGUUGGUGCGAUGUGCAGUAUCACAGCGGACAUAAUCCACCCCGACAACAUCCUCGCAGACCGGAGUCUUGGAUUUGACCGUUUCUCUACACGACAGCUGCACCAUACUUUCAAAGAGGCGCAAUGCCACUGGCGCAUUGACGAAUCCGGCAGUAGGCUCAAUAUUGUGCCAAAUGAAGGUAUUACCCGUUCUCUCGUCAAUUUACGGACGACAACUAAUCAAGUACCAGGUUCUAAUUUUGAGGCCGCAAAGGAUGUCGCCGUCCGUCAAGAUCCUCGGCCUCAUUUCCUCGUCCUACACCUCGUUUUUGUAGAGAUUUUGGCAAUUUGUUCUAUCUUGGUUCUUCUUGGACUCGGCGUCAAAGCUGCUCACAAACAUGGCCGAUAUAUCCACGGACUCGGAUCACACCAUAGUUCGUUGCACACCAUUCUUCACCUGGUUCCGGCUGUGAUAGCCUCCAGCAUGAAUUCCCUUUUUACAUCCAUGCUUCGGCAUAUGAGCCUCAUGGAGCCUUGGCUCUUUCUCACAAGAGGGGCCUCGGCGGUUGCGCUUUCGUUAAAUUACGCCCCUCAAAGUCCGUUUUCAACUCUAUACAAAGCUGUUCGGGAUCGGCGCCUCAUUCUAGGUGCGGUGUCACUGGCUGCUUGCGUGACACUAGUCUUGAUGGUCCUGGCAGCCGGUGUCUUCCACCAAUCAACCAUCACAACAACCGUCCCUACGCUGGAUCUAUCCGAGUCAUUCAGCCAGAGGAUCCUGCAGAAAGCAGAUAUUGCCGACGAAUACUUCCAUUACGAUCUAGUUCGGACAAGCAUAUCUGGCGGAAUCCUAACUCUACCAUGGACCACUCAAAGUCAUGCACUUAUCCCUCUUCAUAUCCAGCGUAAAUCCAAACCAGACGCCGUUUACCAAGCCGCGACUCUAGGCGUCGAAACACAUCUCCAGUGUCAUCAUAUUCCAACAAACACGAGCUUAUUCUGGAACGAGACAGAAGGUCAGCUUCAUUGGCGCUAUCAGAAUCCGAGCAAUCCAACGUCACACUGCAUCGUACCAUUGCCAUGGGGGCUGGACGGACGAGACGACGUCACGGAAGAGGCUAUUUAUUUCUUGCCGCCCUUUGAUGAUGGCAACUCCACAAUGUGCGAAUCGUCGAUUUUUGUGAUGUCAGAGCAGGCAGACCCCGACGAUGACUACGAGAUACUUCCUUUGGCAGCUGAUUAUAUUGGUAUCCAUUGCGAGCCCGACUUCACGAUACAAAAGUUCAAUACGACUUUCAACCACAAGGGCGAUAUCCAACAAUCAUUACCGAUCAAGAACACUGUCAUCCGCGAGGGAUCGCUGCAUGAGAACGUAUCGACCAGCAUUUCACAUUUCACCAAAUUCGUUACCGGGGCCUAUUUUGGCCCAGCCAGCGAAGUUCCCUUCGCAGAAUGGGAAGAAGUCCGCUACGAUGGAUUCGACGAAUGGGCCGGAUACAUCGCUGAUGACCUCUACCUGGAGCUAUACCCCAACUGGGACCCUCUGACGCCUACUCGCCUGUCUAAGCUUGUAGAGUCUCUCUACCAACUAAACUACAAUACCUACUUCUCCGCCUCUCGCGACAUCUACCUUCAGUCUCACCAAAAUCCAUUCCCACCGGUGAAACAUGCUUUCGAAAUGAAAGAUGUCUGGAGCAUCAUCUUCUCCCUCCCGGUCCUCUUCAUCGCGCUGGUUCUCAUAUCCUUCGAUAUCUCCGUCAUCCUCCUUGUCUUUUUCGCACGGCAAAAUCGAUUCAAAGGGCCCCGGCUCCCGAGAUCUAUUGGCGCUACGAUUCCUUGGAUCAUACACAGUCGCAUACUGCAAGAUUUUCGCAACACCCAUUCGUUCUCAAGCUCUAAGCGUAAAGCUUACCUGGCGUCGCUGAACAAGCGGUACGCCUUCGGUCGCUUUAGAGGAGCUGAUGGACGGGAACGAGUUGCUUUAGAAGAAGACAUAGUCUCGAAAGAUCAAAGCGUUGCGCUGAAAUGA